AUGGGAAAAUGGAAUGAGGACAACUAGAUAAGUGCACAUUAGUUUCCUUUCUAUAAAAUAAUAUUAAGAAUUUUAUCUCAUGUACUGGAAUGAGGACAAAUAGAUAAGGCUCUUUUAUCUCAUUGUUUUUUGCUUUUAAUUGUUUACCUUUCUAUGCAGUUGAUCAAGAUCUCCAGCAAGGAGAGAGCGAAGUAUUGAGCGUGAUGAUAGAGUAGAGAGUCCUGAGCCCAAGAACAUCGCACCUCUCUCCAAGGGGAGGAAACGCAGUCCCACACCUGAUGAAGAUAGCAGUCGGCAGGAGAGAGGUAGCCCUUUUCCACAAAAUGGGAAACUGGCUGCUCAGCAAAAUGAGGCCAAUUACAGUGGUAGUCUCCGAGGAGUGAGCACGAACCCUGCUACCCUGAUAGAGAUGAGAGGCCUGCCAGAAGACGGUACAAAACCAUUUUGACACCAGUGGUCACAGCCAAAGUCCCAGUCCAAGGGACAACAGGAGUCCUGUUGAUAAUGAUUAUGAUGACCCUCUCUCAUCUAGAGGCAGCGAGUUCCCUUAAACAAGUCCCUUGCCGACGAUAUCAUCUGUAAUACCCCAUCUACAAUUUUCUUUUUCUAGGUUGUCAUGUUACUUAAAACCGUAGGAUGUUAGAAUUACUACUUAGGAUAUGAGAUUGGUUGAAUAUAAUUUUCUGGAACUUCAUUGAUGACCAAUCCUUGAAUUAUUUUCUGGUGUGCGGUAAUAACGGACAUGUAGUGCUAAUGCCUUAUGCCUCGUACUUGUACAACCGUGAUUCACCCCAUGAAAGCGAUCUCUCUCUGGUUUUGUCGCCAGAUGAUUACAGCCAUACUUUCAUUACUCUCUCCAGGCUAUAAUACUAAAUAUCUAGUAUGCGCUCCGAAACGAAAACUUCAAUUUUUCAAGUUCAUUUCAGUUUCGAACUUUAGCUGCAAAAAUGUCCAACAUCACUACGUUGCCUCGUCUCGGCCUUGUAAGUUCGGCUCAUAGGCCUGGAAAGAAAGGUCAGAAAACAACGCCCAAAACAAAGCCGAGCAAAAGCACCAUGGGCUUUAGUGCAGGGAGGAAGGAGUUAUGGCGCUGCGUGGAGAACUGCGGUGCAUGCUGUAAAUUGGCCAAAGGUCCUGCCUUUGCCACUCCUGAAGAAAUCUUCAGUGACCCUUCUGAUAUUGAGCUUUACAGAAGCUUAAUUGGUCCUGAUGGGUGGUGCAUCCACUAUGAGAAAGCCACACGCACUUGCUCCAUUUACUCUGAGCGUCCAUAUUUUUGCCGCGUGGAACCUGAUAUAUUCAAGAAGCUCUACGGAAUUGAGAAUAAGAAGUUCAACAAGGAGGCUUGCAGUUGCUGUAGGGACACCAUCAAGGCAAUCUAUGGCCCCCAUUCAAAGGAGUUGGACAACUUCAACCGGUCCGUUAAGGGUUCUGGUUCUAGUUAAGCUGCCUGGAAUUCUCAAGGUCUUUCACCAUCUUCGUUCUGUCAAUUCAUUAAAAUGGGUAUAAAUUAAUUGAUCGUCCCAUGUGAGUUCCAUUGAACUUCUCCCUCAGCAAACGGUUUGUAUAGACUGCUUUAACAGGCUCCAGAGUCCAGACCCAGCUUGCCUUUGUUCCUAUUUUCGUAUUCAAAGAAGAAAAACGCAUACCAAAUUCUGGUAGAACUAAUGAUUAUUGGCAUAGCUGGUUUGAUCCUUGUUAAAAACAUUGAAAUUUGAGACUAGAAUCAAUAUCAUGCAACAAUUCUUAAUCUU